AUGAUACUUCGCGCAAAAUGGUUAUGGACAGCUCAUGGCCAGGACUUGACGCCGAAGGACAACAAGCUGGGUGUGCCGACGACGUUUGUGGAUCUGGAGAAGAUGGUGCAGAGUAAAGCACUUGAAAGAGCCGAAAUAACAGCCUCAAACGAGGAAUACUUGAAGUACAUUGCUGGAACUGAAGUUACCAUCGAAAAGAGAAGAUGGCUUCAGUACAGAGAUCCAGCGGCGACGGAGUCUGACAUCAACAAGGACUCAGGGAGAGAAAGCUCAGCAUUCUUCGAGAAAUUGAAGAGCGACAAGUAA